AGCUCCACAGCUUGGUGCGACAACGCAGGCAGCCUGAACGAUUUGGACUGACCAUGAAUUCCACAGACUAUGACUUCGAUGACUACGAGUUUAGACCCCCUGAUAUUCAGCCGGUCCAGAUCGCGGCUCUGUUCUUCUACAGCCUGGUGGUGCUGCUGGGCGUCCCUGGAAACGCGGUGGUGCUGUGGGUGACCGGGUUCUGCAUGCCCCACUCGGUCACGUCCCUGUGGUUCCUCAACCUGGCGCUGGCCGACCUGCUGUGCUGCCUCUCCCUCCCCCUGCUCAUGAUCCCCCUGGCCCACGACGACAAGUGGCACUUCGGCCCGGUGGCCUGCACCCUGGUCAAAGGCCUGUUCUACCUGGUGAUGUACUGCAGCAUCCUGCAGCUGGUCGUGAUCAGCGUGGACCGCUGGCUGCUGGUCAGCAGGCCCGUCUGGUGCCAGAACAGGAGGCGGCCCGUACACGCCGCCCUCUGCUGCGUCGCCGUCUGGCUGCUGGCCCUCGUGGGCAGCAUCCCCCAGUUUGUCUACGCCAGUGAGGAGGAUCGCGGCGAAGAAAAGCGAGAGUGCGUCACGCUGAGCGGCCCCCUCAGCGGCUGGCUGGUGACCUGCUUCCGGUUCCUCAUGGGAUUUCUCCUCCCGCUCCUGAUCAUUACAGCGUGUCACAUCGUGGUGUACUGCAGAGCAGAGAAAGGCUUAACCCGUGCCCGGACGCGCUCCAAGAGGACGCUGAGGGUCAUCGUCGCUGUGAUUUUAAGCUUCUUCCUCUGUUGGCUUCCUCUGCAUAUUGUUGACUUCUUGCACAUAGUAUAUUCUAAAAACCCAGCUAAUGGACCCAAACUUUACAAGGCUAAUAUUAGUACGCUGUGCCUGGCAUAUUUCAACAGCUGCCUCAACCCUCUGCUGUACGUGUGUCUGGGGCGAGGCUUUAAAGACAGCAUGGCCCGCUCCAUGCGCAACGUACUCCACUUUAUCAGCGAGGACCCCACGAUCAGAGUGAGCGCCGCCAAUAUGGACACCAAGAGCACGAGCAACGAAAAGGAAAUGAAGCCAGUCAGUCAGUGUGAGACUCAGGAUUUCAAGUGGAAACAGCUUGAAUGAACACUGGUUUGGUCGCAUCGUAUUUAUGGGAAAGGGCUGAUUGUGUCACAUCUGUGCACAUCUGUGCACAGCCCCGUCCUCCUGUUAUCAGGUGUUAGGCGAAGGCGUUUUCACAUCUGAGAUGUGAAGAUGUUAUGACGGUUGCGCUGCUCCAUGCGCUGCAGCAACUCAGGAACCAUUGGCCAAUCUGCCCUUCUUCCUGUGAGCAACACACAUUUCUCAACACAAGCUAUCAAUAAAAAUACCUCCUGUCUCAA